AUGGGAAAGAACACAUUAAAAGAAAUUUGGAAUUCACUAUUAAAAACUUUUGAGCGAAAAGAGGUCGCCAGUCAAUUGUAUUUGAGAAGGCGAUUAUUGAAGAUGAAAUAUAGUGGUAAAAUAAAUUUAGAAAGACAUUUUGUGAAGUUGAAGUUUGAUAAGAUAAUAUAACAACUCAGAUCUGCAGGAGCUAAACUAGAGAACGAAGGUAUUGUUUGUCAUCUACUACUUAUUAUGCCUGAAACGUACAACAAUGUAGUUACAGCGUUAAAAACUCUUUCACCAGAGACUCUUACAAUUAAAUUUGUAAAGGGUCGUUUAUUAGAUGAAGAAGUAAAGAAAAGUAAUAGUAUUACAAAUGAAGAGUGUUUAUCUGAUAGUGUAGCGUUUAAUGCAGAGAAUACUGGCAAAUUUCAUUUUAAAUGUUAUAGUUGUAAUCAAGUUGGACAUAAAUCAGCUGAAUGUAAGCUUUAAAGGAAAAAGUUUUAUAAAGGAAAGAACAGAUCCAAAGAGUUGUAUAAACAAAAACCGAUAGCUAACAAUAUUUCGGAGAAUGAUGACGGAAUUGUGUGUUUCCCAGUAACCACAUUACUAACGUAACAAAAUGAAAAAUUAAACCAAAUAACAUGGUAUGUUGAUUCAGGCAGUUCCAAUCAUUUAGUAAACAGCGAGAGAUAUUUUUUAUCUGUGAAAGUACUAGAAAAUCCAAUGAUCAUAGGUGUCACUAAAAAUGGAUAAAUCAAUAAAUGCAUACAAUCAAGUAGAAAGUUAGACUAUUUUAUGUAAAUUUAAAAAAGUAUAUUAUGUUCCACAUUUAAGAUAUAAUUUGUUGUCUGUUGAUAAGUUGAAGAACUUGGUUUUAAAAUUUUUUUUUGAAAAAGGACAAGCAAGUGUGUUCAAUUCAAAUUGAAAUGUAAUAACAUUAUCUAAAAGAACCCAAACACUAUACAAAUUAAUUUUUAUUCUAAACAGAGAUAAUAGCAUUAAUUUCAACAGCUGUGUCGUGUCAAGGCAAAUAUUGAUGGAAUAUUAUGCCAUAAAUGAAUGGGACAUCCAAAUAGAGAUUACUUUAACAAAUUGAAGAAUAUUUCUUUUGGAGUUCAAUUCAAUACAAAGGAACUGCCUACAAUUUUUGAAGUUUGUAUAGAGAGCAAACAGACUAAACAGCCCUUCAUUCUAAGAAAAAAUAGAACAGCGUCCACUUGAACUGAUACACAGUGAUAUAUGUGUAACAAUCAAUAUGAAAUACAUUCUAAAAUUUAUUGAUGAUUAAUAAAAUUUAUUUGCUUUAGAAUAAAAGUGAAGUACUUUACUUUAAGAAAUAUGAAGCAGUUGUAAGUGUACAUUUUAGACAAAGAAUUCAAUCAAUUCUAAUGACCUACAUUAAGAAUAAUAACAUAUGUCCACGUCAAGGUUUUGUUGAUGCUGAUUUUGCCAACGAAAUUGAUGACCGAAAAUCUACUUCUGGAUAUCUUUAUCAAGUUUUUGGUUCCACAGUCAGUUGA